CAGGAGUAGGCCAAACCACGUUCGAGCGUACCGCGGCUGGACGACAGCGCCAAUGAAAUUUAUUUAAACGACAGUCAGAUCAACAGUCCAAAUGCCAGCCGAUUCAGACCUCAUUUUGUCCGUGAACGAAGAAGAGAUUGACAAAGAUCUGUUUAAAACUCUGCCGGAGAGGAAAAAGCAUGAGGAUUUCAUUAGGCGCGCAGUGGACUUGCUGGUUGAAAGGGUGGUGUUCGGGAGAACGUCGCGGACCUCGAAGGUGGUGGAGUGGGCAACCCCACAGGACAUCAAAAAUGCAAUCGAUUUGAAACCCAAGAAAGAGCCGGUUUCUCACGAAGAACUCUUGAAACUCAUGGCUGAUGUCACCAGAUACUCGGUAAACACAGGGCAUCCAUAUUUCGUCAACCAGUUGUUCUCUUCAGUCGAUCCCUACGGCUUGGUUGGCCAAUGGUUGACUGACGCGCUGAACCCUAGUGUUUACACCUACGAAGUGGCUCCAGUCUUCACUCUCAUGGAAGAAGAUGUCCUCAAGGAGAUGAGGAGCAUCGUCGGUUGGCCAGAAGGCAAUGGCGACGGCAUUUUUUGCCCAGGCGGCUCGCUGGCUAAUGGCUACGCUAUUAGCUGCGCUCGGUUCUACUAUUAUCCUGAAAUUAAGACCAAAGGCGUAUAUGCAGUGCCCCGAUUGGUUCUGUUUACAUCAGAAUUGGCUCAUUACUCCACACGCAAAAUGGCCGCCUUCAUGGGAAUCGGUGACGAUAACUGCAUUCAAGUAAAAGCCGAUAAAUACGGGAAAAUGGAUGUAAACGAUUUAGAAUUCAAAAUAAACGAGGCCAUAGAAGAUGGCGCCACACCGUUUUUAGUCACGGCUACAGCGGGAACCACAGUGUAUGGUGCCUUCGAUCCCUUGAUCGCCAUUGCAGGAUUAUGUCAGAAGUAUAAUCUGUGGUUCCAUGUUGACGCUGCUUGGGGUGGCGGAGCGCUCAUGUCAAGGAAACACAGGCAUCUUCUGAAUGGAAUUGAAAUGGCGGACUCGGUGGUGUGGAACCCUCACAAGCUGUUGGCGGCUCCGCAACAAUGCUCCACCUUCCUAAUCAGACACAAGGACCUCCUCAAACACGGCCACUCGUCGGACGCCAAGUACCUCUUCCAGAAAGACAAAUUCUACGAUACUUCGUACGACACCGGCGACAAACACAUACAGUGCGGCCGCCGCGCCGACGUCCUCAAAUUCUGGUUCAUGUGGAAGGCUAAAGGAACUGAUGGAUUUGAAAAACAUAUCGACACACUUUUCGAUAACGCCAAAUUCUUUUUGGACCACAUCCGACAGCGCGACGGUUUCCGAUUGGUCAUCGAUGAGCCAGAAUGCACCAACAUAAUGUUCUGGUAUAUACCACUUUGCCUCCGCGGUCUUGAGAACGAGCCAGACUAUAGAGAAAGGUUGGACAAGGUGGCGCCGAAAAUAAAGGAAAGAAUGAUAAAGGAAGGAAGUAUGAUGGUCACGUACCAGCCGCAAGGUGACCUGCCAAAUUUCUUCCGGAUCGUGUUCCAAAACUCGGCUUUAGAGCAGAAGGAUAUGGUUUACUUUGCUAACGAAUUCGAGCGGCUCGGCAAACAUAUUAAAGUUUAAACAAACAUGUGACAACAAAUCUUGUAUUAUAUCCUGUGAUUAUAUUUUUUAAAUUAUUUUAUGAUUAUAUGAAAUUUUAUUGUAAUUUUACUUGAAAUUGAUAAUUCGUUGAGUUCGAAAAACAUAUAUAAUAUAUUGGAAACACGUAGAGAUUGUACGAGUACCUAUAACUUUAUAUUGGAGUUAGUACGUACUAAAAUACUUUCAAGCAGAUAUUAUUUUGACUGAUAAAGAAAAAUGAUUUGAUGUGAUAUGAAUAUGUUAAAUGUUAUUUGAAAUUAUAAUCCAGAUUUACUACUAUUAAAAGAGAAUGUUGUGCCCUUCAUAUAAUUUAUUUAGAAUAGUGUUUAUGUGAUAUUAAAUUAAUAAAAUAAGCUAUUAUAAAAUAGCGUAUAUUUCUACAAUAGUACAAAAAUAAAUAGAAUUAAAACUAGCUUUAAACAAAAUUCGGCAAGAUUCUGCAUUUGUUAUUUUCCACUAAAAAUUAAAAAUUGUAUAUAUAAUUAUAUGGUACACGAAGUUAUAUCAUGAAAAUAAAAAAAGAAUAUACAUAUCUACUUACAUUAGAAACAAAUUAAGUUAGGUACUAUAUAAAUAUUUUCGACCUUAUAUAAUUAGUAAUGAAAUAUCAAUCAAAUUUGACCAUGAAGCACACAGACUUAUACAAUAUACAUAUAUUAAGUUAUGAAUCAUAUUCGAUGUCAUAUCAACUAAUAAAACAAUAUGAAAAUGA